AUGGGCGAUAAUUCACAAGAAAUAGUGACAUUGGAAUAUGAUUUACCAAUAGUUAUUAUUGAUGAUGAUAGUACUGUAGUCAAUGAUGAAUCUACAACCGCCCCACGUGGUGGUAAUGACAAUAGCAAUGUUAAUAGGGACAAAACAUUCAAUGCUAAAGUUGAAGAUUAUAAAAAUGAUUUGUCAUUAUCAAUGAGAGAAAAAUCAAUGAUAUCAUAUCCGUAUGCUAGUACAAUUAUUAAGGCAUUAAAACAUGAAUUAGCUGAAAAGAAAGUUGGAAUAGAUUGUAAAUUUCAUGCCUGA